AUGAAUGAUGGAGACCAAGAGAGCGAAGUGGUCCUACCGAAACGCCACGGUCUGGGUCGAAAGACAAUGGAAAGGAGUGCCGGUCAGCUUCCUUUAAUUUAUUCUGAAAAGCUUUCCGCGCGAGUCGGCCAGGACCAGGACCGGCCUACCUAUAGUCAUGACUACUUGAAGGAACUUCGUGAUUCUACGCCCUCAACACCGAAGACAACUACCGACGACGAAACCAGCAAGGCUGUUGACGUUGCAGCUAAAUUUGGGGAGAUUAUGACUGUUCCAAAACAGGAACACAUCCCCAGCGAAGCCGAGAUUCGAGAGAAAAAGGCCCGACGCGCACGCCUGGCUAUGGAACACGGUGCGGCGGACGAAUUUAUUUCAUUGGACGUUAACAACGCAGCCAAUACCGAUAACUGGGAUGCGAUUGUACGUGGAGACAAAGAAGUCGAAGAGGAUACAAGACUGGUUCGGGACGACGAAGACUUUGCGGAAGGGUUUGAGGAGUUUUUCACGGAGGAUGGCAAGAUGGCUCUUGGGCGAAAGGCAGAGCGUGAGAAGAAGCGGAAAGACCGUGAACUAAUGCGUGAUCUUAUUGAGGAUGCCGAGGGCAUCUCCGAUGAAGACGAUUCUGACUUGGAGGAAAAGGCUGCUUAUGAAGCUGCCCAGGUUCAUGCGGCCAUGGGUCAUGGCAAGUCAGCCGGUAUUGAUCGUCCGAAAACUCCUCCCAAAGUGACAUCUCUUCCACGACUGGCAAGCAGUUUUGAAAGGUUGCGCACGUCUCUGGCAUCUAUGGAAGUGUCGAAAACACUAAUGAUCAGCCGGAUGGAGGAAUUGAGACAGGAGAAGGCAGAUAUCGCAAUUCGUGAGGUGGAGAUCCAGGCAAUGAUCAAAGAAGCUGGCGACAACUAUGAGCGACUCAAGAAGGAAGCUGCUGAUGCUUCGAAUGCAAAGCUUGAUGGGUCCAGUGGGGCUAUAGAGAUGUCCCGAGGGCUGGAAAGCAUCGGUGCCCCUGUGCCUGUCCCAAUAAGAGAUGCCUCAAUGUCGGAUUCCUCGGAUUCCAGCUUCGAGGAUUCUUCAUAG